UACUAGUAUUUAGCAGGAGCGGGGGGUGGGGCGGGGGGUGGAGAGAAAGCAACGGCUGCCGUCCCCUGCCUGCCACUCAACUGCAACUCAACCAGUCAGUCGCCAUUACUCUUGUUUCUCAUCACCCACCGCGAGCGCGAAGCAGGAGGAGCGGAGGAGCAGCACCAUGCUGGGGCAUCUGGUCGGGCUGGUGAAGGUGCGGGUGACGCGCGGGGUGAACCUCGCCAUCCGCGACCUCCGCUCCAGCGACCCCUACGUCGUCGUCCGCAUGGGCAAGCAGAAGCUGAAGACGCGAGUGGUGAGAAAGAGCAUCAAUCCGGAGUGGAACGACGAGCUGACCCUCUCCAUCGAAGAUCCCACCAUUCCUGUCAAACUGGACGUGUUCGACAAGGACACAUUCUUCGACGACCCGAUGGGCAACGCGGAGCUGGACAUCGGGCCGCUGGUGGAGGCCGCGACGAUGAGGAUCCAGCUGCAGGGCGUCGCCGACAACUCGGUUGUCAAGAAGCUGGUGCCCAACCGGCAGAACUGCCUCGCGGAGGAGAGCGCCAUAUACCUGUCCGAGGGCACGGUGAAGCAGGACGUGGUGCUCAGGCUCAGGAACGUGGAGUGCGGGGAGGUCGAGCUGCAGCUCCAGUGGAUCGACAUCCCCGGCUCCAAGGGCGCAUCAGGCUUUUAAAUUCCAUAAUUAGCUCUGCACUCUCUGCUGCCUGCAGAGUUCUUUCUCAAGUGAAAAGCUGGGGUAAAUUAUGUUUAGAAUCGAAGCUUAAGCUAGGAUUUAGAUGUUGCGAUAGUAUGGCCGCCGUCAGUGUGGUCGAACUUCCUAAGACGGACCGAAGAAAGAAAGAGCUGAUGGCAGGGGCGUAAAGCGUGUAAGGAUUCCAUCCUCCUUGCUUGAUGUGCUCUGCAUCUGCAAUCCGGAGAGCAAAGGCUACAAUGUGCUGAUCAGUCUUGGCAUUUCCGAACCUUGGUUGCCGAUGCUAGUCAGUCGGUGAUGGGUGAUUAAUCGCAGUUGCAGGAUCGAAGAGUAGGUCUGGUUUCUAAAGGAGAAUUUCCUUUUGUUUCAGGGAAAUUUCUGCGGUGAUCUUGAUUUGCAGCGCGUAACGAUAUGCAACUUGUGUGUUUAGACGCGUAAUGCUCACAGACUUGAACACCGUCUUGACUUGCUCGUCAAA